AAUAAUGUGCAUAAAAUGUCUAUUCAUUUCUAUCCACGAAGGCAGGUGUUUAUUAGCCAGGGUGAUACCGGAAACUGCUGCUAUUGGUCAGGAGAAAGCAAAGCUGUACCUGUGAUUGGUCGACAACCUGCCAACGUUUACGUGGCACUGGUAGCUUUGCGCAGACUCAGUGCACUGUUCCUCGGCAGUGGCUACAUAAUGGGGUUGAAAAUGCAGCUAAUGCUAGGCGCGUUUUUGUUUCUGAAUACUUGCUGCAGUAUUGUAUCUGCGCUAUACUUUCACAUCGGCGAGACGGAAAAGAAAUGCUUUAUUGAAGAAAUUCCUGACGAAACCAUGAUAAUCGGAAACUAUCGAACACAGCUGUAUGACAAGCAGUCAGAAUCUUACAUGCCUGCCACACCAGGACUCGGGAUGUUUGUGGAAGUAAAAGACCCUGAUGAGAAGGUGAUCCUGUCUCGUCAGUAUGGAUCAGAAGGCCGGUUCACCUUCACCUCCCACACACCUGGUGAACACCAGAUCUGUUUGCAUUCUAACUCCUCCAAAUUUUCUCUGUUUGCCGGUGGAAUGCUUCGAGUUCAUCUGGACAUCCAAGUAGGCGAGCAUGCGAAUAACUAUGCAGAGAUUGCUGCGAAAGACAAGCUGACCGAGCUGCAGCUGAGGGUGCGCCAGCUGGUGGAGCAGGUUGAUCAGAUCCAGAAAGAGCAGAACUAUCAGAGAUACCGUGAAGAGCGCUUCAGGCAGACCAGCGAGAGCACCAAUCAGAGAGUCCUGUGGUGGUCGAUUGUCCAGACCCUGAUCCUGGUGGCUAUCGGUUUCUGGCAGAUGAGACAUCUUAAGAGCUUCUUUGAAGCCAAGAAAUUAGUGUAAAGUGUGUGUCUGUGUGUGUCAGUGUUUUUGAUUCAGUAUGCAGUAUACAGCUGAUUGAAAAGUCAUGUCUAGACUGCUGAAAUGAACCUUUAAGUUGAAAUGCCUCUCAUAAAUUUCUCCCAGAAUUGCAUUGAGAUUAUCUCACCAGAUUUUGUUUGUAUGCCACUUAUCAGUCCGCUGUGUACCAGUUGAUGUCCUAAGGCCAAAACCACGUUCCUUUUUUUUUUUUAAAUAUAUAUAAAUGAUUUCUGUCUAUCAUGAAUGAAUGGACAUUUCACAAGUCUGAAUAUGAUCCCAGUUUUGUUUAUGAAGUUUGGAAGCAGGAGUUUUGUGUGAAGUUGUCCUACACUGAAGAUGCACACAUUUAUCCCAGACACACAAUCAACUCUCAGAUCCUAUUGCUUUAUGUACAACACACUCUUUUGUGGGUUAGGAUUUAGUGACGUUAAAUAUUGGUUAUUUCUGAGUGAAUAUGAAUUGUCCAUACUUUUUAUAUAAUAUUCAGUUGUUCAAUUAGCAUGAACUGUUUUCCAGCCAAAUCUGUUCAGAUGGUUGUUUACAGCUCUAGUAGCUUUUCUGCAGGCAACAGCACAGACCACGGAUCUGUCCUGAAUUUUUUUUUCCACCUGCAUUCUGUAAUGCAUUGAGGAAAAAUACUACAUAUUUGUGGUUUGAUACAGUUUGAACUUAAAUCUGAAUGCUUUUGGAGGGGGGACAGAAUUAUAAUGUUCUAUUAACUUUAUUUUCUGGAAGAAUAUUUGGCAAGUAAAAGUCAAUUUUAUUAAUAAACCACUCAUGUGGUUUUUAUAAUUCUAAUGUCUCAUCCUGUAUCUACCUUUAUUUUAAUAUCCUGCAGUCAUCUUGGCCAUUUUUCCCCAUGUGCUCAGAUACUCAGGUAUUUCUGAAUUCAAUAGAAGUUACUUUCGAAGCCUCAUGAAAAGCUGCAAUAUCAACCCUGCAAAUGAAUGCUCUCUAAAGCUGAAUUUUUGUAUUUCAGUUCACUUUUAAUACUUGAAGUUUCUUUGUCCCACAUAAAUUAUUGUUCAACUUUAUUUCUUUUAUAGCUCCACCCCUAACUUCUGAACCAUGUAGGAUGUGACCCAUGUACUUCUUUUAAUUUGGGUGAGGGUUUAAGGCUGAGGAUUUAAGAUUUUUAAAUGACCAGAGGGGAAGACUAUGUUGUGAUGUGUUCAUGAUUGCACUCAAAUAAAGCUUUCAUCUCCCUCCA